CAGCUGCUGGCACAAAAGAAACAAAGGACUCUUCAAAGAACUUCCUCAUGGAGGCAUGAGCAAAGCUCUGCCAACCUGUCAGUCCAGCCAUGCAAGAGAGAGGGAGAGAGAGAAAAAGAAAGGAGGGAGUGAAGCAGAGAUUCCUUCAUGUCUCAGCCAGACAUUAAGAUUUCCAAUGAACAAAAAAACCAAAUAGUCCCUGGGAAAAGAAGUGUGUUCUCUAAACUGAUGCCACAAGGCAGAUAUGAGAACGAUGACUGACCAGAGUGGUUGCUAUAGGCCUGUAAACAUACAGGGAAAUAAGUUCAGUUACAAAGGCACUGGUCAAGAAAGCCCUGAAAUGGGGAUGAAAAGAUUGCAGAAGAGAUUUCUCCACAAAGAUGGCAGCUGCAAUGUGUACUUCAAGCACAUCUUUGGGGAAUGGGAGAGCUACGUAGUGGACAUAUUUACCACACUGGUGGACAUCAAGUGGCGCCACAUGUUUGUGAUAUUCUCCUUGUCCUAUGUUCUUUCAUGGUUGUUCUUUGGACUUGUCUUCUGGCUGAUAGCUAUCCAACAUGGAGAUUUAUUCGAUGAUGAAGAUAUAACCCCCUGUGUUGCCAAUGUCCACAGCUUCACAGGAGCAUUCCUGUUCUCCCUUGAAACCCAGACGACCAUCGGUUACGGUUACCGCUGUGUUACAGAAGAGUGCUCUGUGGCAAUCCUCAUGGUUAUCCUGCAGUCAGUCUUAAGCUGCAUAAUUGACACCUUCAUCAUUGGAGCAGCCUUGGCUAAAAUGGCCACAGCUCGAAAAAGAGCUCAAACCAUUCGGUUCAGCUACUAUGCUGUGGUGGGCUUGAGGGACGACAAAUUCUGCCUCAUGUGGCGCAUCGGGGAUUUCCGGCCCAACCACAUGGUGGAGGGCUCUGUGCGCGCCCAGCUGCUGCGCUACAGGGAAGACAAGGAGGGGAGAAUGACAAUGGAAUACAAGGACCUGAAGUUGCUAAAUGACCAGAUCAUACUUGUUACACCUGUGACAGUUGUACAUGAAAUUGAUAGUGAGAGCCCCUUGUAUGGCCUAGACCGGAAAGCUCUGGCCAAGGACAACUUUGAAAUCUUGGUCACUUUUGUCUACACAGGUGAUUCAACAGGAACUUCACAUCAGUCAAGAAGCUCGUAUGUCCCCAGGGAGAUUCUUUGGGGCCAUAGGUUUAAUGACAUCCUACACGUAAAGAAAAAAUACUAUAAGGUGGAUUGCUUGCAGUUUGAAGAAACCACAGAGGUUUAUGCUCCUCACUGCAGUGCCAUGCAGCUGGAUCGGAAGGAGCAGGAGUGGAACCGAGCCGAGAAGACCCGGGAUAAAGAAGCAGAGAAGUCAGCACUGGAGAUCAAGUCAUUCAGCACUAACCAAAAGUCAUUUAGUGCAGUGGCCCUUAUCACCAGUUGUGAAGAUCCAGAAGAGCCCAUGCCAGCUGUCAAUCAGCCUUCUGGAGAAGUUUCUUAUCGGAAAGCAGCUUUGACCUUAAGCAGGCUAUCAAUAGAGUCCCAAAUCUAGCUUUUUACUCCAAUUAAAAUCACUUCCAACACAUUAUCCCAGCAUAGCUUUGAAUCUAAACAAUGAACUUGUGCGCACAAGCAUUUAUACUCUAAACAUCCCUGCCAGCAUGCCCACACUGGAAUACGUUGCUGAGCUACUGGAAGGAGCUUCACAUGGGUUAGGGGUGGAUAUCAGUGACAGCAUUGGCACAAGAAAACCACUUACAUUGGGGUUGACUAGACAGCUACUGCACUUGAGCAACUUAAGGUAAACUUUAUUAGCCUGCACAGACCAAUGUUGGACAUGUCCAGAGAUAGUGAAUAGGGAACAAAAAGAAGGCAGUAUGCACCCUAGGUCAGGUUUUUCAAAGCUGCCUAAUUUAUUUGGAAGGCCAGUUUCCAGUCCCUCUGGGAGGCUCUAAAAUUUCCCCACAAUCAGGACAAACUUUGUUUGUUUGUUUGUGUGUUGUUGCAAUUGCCCCUCUCUAGCAUUUCAAAUGAAGCCCCCAUCCUGGGGUCACAUUGGUGAAUCUAUGGGGCUGUUUUUUGCAGGAGAACAGGAAAGAAUAACAGAACCUGGUAUUACUGGGUAGCUUUGGAAAUCUGCUUACACCCUGCCUAGUCCUCUGGGAUCCACAGUAGGAUCCUGAGGAGCUUUUCUCAUUUCCUAGUCGUGAGCCAUUUCCAGAAGUGCUGGUCCCUCAGCAGCUUGAGGUAUGGCAGCUGGCUUGGGGCUGCAUGAAGAUGUUGUUAGGUGGCUCUGACAGCUUGGAGGGCUGGCCAGACUGAUUCUUUUGCACGGAUCAGAAAUAAAAAUGAAACCUUGAGUUUGAAACAAAAAUCAGCAAAAUCAGGUUGAGCCUCAGAGAGAUCAUGUUUCUAGAGUGAGCUGUGCAAUAUUUGAAAUCUCUUCCAUUUCAGAAUGUCAGCCAUGCUUUUCUUUUUAGGAUAUUAUGCUUCUUUAAAAAGACAAAGAUCAGUCUGGAGAUCAAACCACAUUAUUUUGUCAAAAUUAAAUAUUUUUAUUAAUCUGAAAUGACUGGGUAGAAAUGAUCCUUCACAGAGAAAUUCAACAGAACCAGCUGUCAGCUCAAUUUGGAAAAAAGUAAAAUGUUCAAGUUUUCAAGUGGUCUGUGACAUGGAAUUUCCAUGCUCUGCACAUCUCUGCAAUUAUUCACUAAGCAAUAUCUCAUCAUGCUUUUUUUCCCCACUGAUGAUUACAGUUAAUUUGCAUUGUGUUUAAUUAUCAUGCUAAUAUGAAAGUAAUUCUCUCAGAAUUUGUUUUUGCCUAAAAUGGGAUUUAUCUCACCUGACCUCAGCCAUCAAGUAAUUGUUUGCCUACUGGUCGAGGCUUUCUGUGGUUACUGGAACUGUUCUGUCUUCACAGAUAAGUUCAUCCCAUCUCACUCUGGCUUUUUAGGGAGCUGACAGCAAUAGGAUGUGUUUAUCCUGGAAAUGUUCAUCCUCCUCCAUUUAUUGUGGAAGGAGCUGAGAUGACUGUUGUGGAAAUGCUGGCUAACUUUGGGCUGCUAAAAUUAGGUCUGACGAGUCAUUCACAUCAUCCUGACUAAUUAGAAGCUUUUAUGAGCUCAUCACAUUAAAUGAAGAAAAAUAAAAUGCUGAAUCUUUUUUUUCCCCUGAAAUUUACUCCACACAGUAGUAGUGCUGCAUGAUCUUAAAGUAUCUCGUAUUUCUCUUUUUUUAGCACUUGUCUUUGGAUAAACGUGAUCCCUUUAGGUAAAAUCAAGCGUAUUAAGAAGCCUGGGGGAGACUAUUAUUCCAAAGCUCAUUAAUUAGCCUCUUUUAUAUGCUGAAUCAUCAGCAGCACCCAUCUCUAACUGCAGUAGAAAACACAUUAUUGUAUCCUGGAUUUGAGCACUGGCAGGAGUUGGGGAAAGAGUCUGAAAAAAUGGAAAGGAAUGUAGGAAAAUGGAUAAGCAUCCAGAUUGUAUAAAAUAGAAUAUAACCUUCAAGACACAUGAAGUAAUCCUUCCACACUCCUCUGUCUUUGAAAGAUCUUGGCUGGGUGACUUGAUUCAAUGUUGGGAAAGACAUGGAACAAUCUGAAGAGAAUCCAGAGGUCUAGAAAACAUGCAAGUGAGGACAUAGGGAAAUUACUGAAGAUGUUUCAGUCUAAAAAGGGGUUAGAAAACAAAGAAAUAAUUCUCAAACAGAAAAAAUUGCAAUUCAAGAGAGAAGGAUAAUCUGUUGCCUAUAUCUGGUGGGUAGGACAGGAAAACAUGGGUUUCAACUGAAGCUAAAGAGACUGAAGUUAAUCAGGACAGACUUUUGUAAAGAAGGUGAAGCAUCCAUGGAUCUGCGGGGUGUGUAGUCUCAGUGGAGGUGGCUCUCAGGAGCCCUUUGGAGAGAGCAGCUCUCAGGAGUGAUGCAGAAUGGCCAGCCUUGAACUUCCAGCCCUUAUGGUUUUCAUCAAAAAGGGAAUGUCCAACUUGAAAUCUGCCUCAUGGGCCACUUUACAGGUACUUACACACAUGAAUAUUCACUUAACUGCAUGGGUAAAGCUACUCAGAUGAGAUACUACUGAUGUAAUCAAAAUCCCCAAAAUACCUUCAAAAGGUGCCAAUUUCAGGUGCUCUUUGUAAAAGUAAUUUCCCUUUCGGAGCUGUGAAUCCCAGCUGCCUUUCCCCCUCCCAGUUCUCUGCUGCAUGAGCCUCAUGCGGUGAAGAAAAUUCCUUCCUCUGAAUGACUUUCCUGUAAGUGAAUGUACCAGGAGGCUGAUUUAGCAUUUGGUCACAUGCUUCUUGGUAUAGAUAGAUAUAAAUAUGUGAGCAUGUAUAGCAAUGUAUGCUUUGGCAUAGAAGUCAACCACUAACUGAUGAGGGUCAGGAAGAAACUUCUCUCCUGGGCAUGUUAAUUCAUAACAGGCUACUAUACAGUUUCCCCUACUUUUAUCUACAGCAUCUGAUACCAGCCAGUGCUGGAGACAGGAUACUGGUUGAACCACUGGUCUCAACCAGUCUGGCUUUUUCUGGGGUUUUCUGUUUGAUAUUUUAAUGUCAUUUAUCACAGUAUAAAAACCAUGUAUAAUAAUGUAUAGCAAAGCAUGCGUUGCAUUUUUAUGAAUAAAGACACAGAAAUAAAGAACAUGCCUCUACCACA